AUGGCUUUUAACAGUUCAUCGCCCUAUCCGGAGGGCGUCAUCUCCUUCCUGGACACCGAUCUGUACAAGUUGACUAUGCAAUGCGCUGUCCUCAAGUAUUACAGGGAUGUGCCAGUGACGUAUGCCUACACAAAUCGCACCCCAGAGAAGAAGCUCUCACGCACCGCCUACCUCUGGCUCGCCGACCAGAUCAGGAAGCUGGGAAACAUUUCUCUGUCGACCGAAGAGCUGCAGUUCUUGCAGCGACACUGCGACUACCUCACGCCCGAGUACCUGGAUUUCCUCAAGGACUUCAGGCUCAACCCCAGAGACCAGGUGGAGAUCACCUUCAUCCCGGUCGGCCAAGACACCGGCGCUGGUACCGACAUUGGCGAUGUCGACAUCCAGAUCAAGGGCACCUGGGUCGACACCAUUUUGUACGAGAUUCCGAUUCUCGCCCUGACCUCAGAAGCCUACUUCAAGUUCAUGGAUACGGACUGGUCCUAUGAAGGGCAACAAGAGCGCGCCUUUGAGAAGGGCAUGAAGCUCCUCGAGGCUGGCUGCGUGUUCUCCGAGUUUGGCACCAGACGGCGCCGGGAUUACCACACCCAAGCUCUCGUUUUCAGAGGGCUCGUACAGGCAAGCAAGGAGGCAGAGAAGCGUGGUCUGACUGGGGGCAAGCUCUCGGGCACCAGCAACGUCCACCUAGCGAUGCGCUUCAACAUCCCGCCCGUCGGCACCGUCGCCCACGAGUGGUUCAUGGGCAUCGCCGCCAUCACGGACAACUACACCAUGGCGUCGGAGGAGGCCCUCUGCCGCUGGGUCAACUGCUUCGGGGAGGGCGUGCUCGGCAUCGCCCUAACGGACACCUUUGGCACGCCCGAGUUCCUCAAGGCCUUCAGCAAGCCCGUCAAGACCCUGGGCGACGCGCCCAAGGUGGUCAAGAAGCACGGCUCGAUAGCAGACACCUUCAUCGCCGCCGAGGGCGCCGAGCCGGUCACGCACGACGGGUCGCACAAGACUAUAAGCUACGCCCAGUGCUUCACGGGCGUGCGUCAGGACUCGGGCGACCCGACCCAGUUUGUCAAGACUAUGCGCGACUUCUACGACGCCAACGGCAUCAAGGACAAGAAGGUCAUUGUGUUCUCGGACUCACUCAACAUAGACCGCUGCCUAGAGUACAAGAAGGUAUCGGAGGAGGCCGGCUUCCAGCCAACUUUCGGUGUUGGCACUUUUCUCACCAACGACUUUAUCCAACUCUCGACGGGCAAGAAGUCCGUGCCCCUCAACAUUGUGAUCAAGUUGAGCUCUGCUCAUGGACGGCCAGCCGUCAAGAUCAGCGACAACAUUGGCAAGAACACUGGCGAUUCUGCCACUGUGAAGAGAGUCAAAGAGGAGCUGGGCUAUGUCGAGAAGUCGUGGGAAGGCGGCGAUGAGACUUCAAGAUGGGGCAAGGAGGGUGAUGCCGCAUAG